AUGGUUGGUGUUUCCUCCGCCAUGUCCACCACGCUCGCGACUCAAACGGCAUACAAUGCGACUUUGAGUCACAACGGCUCCGUUGCCUCCGGCUUGGGUCAGCGGGCUGUCGAACUGCCAGAAUGCGUUGCCCUCUGUAUCAGGAACGAGUUGCCUAAAGCCACAUGCAAUUCCGCGAAUUCAACCUGUAUCUGCACAAGCGAAAGUCUCAACAACGCCAUUGGCGCGUGUGUAAAAGAUGGCUGCACCAUCAUUGAAGCUCUCCCCAUUGACUUGGGAUUUGGCCAAGACAUCUGGAUGAUUUCUCCUGACCAAGUAACACAAAUUCUUUGCAUUUUUUUCUUUUCGGAGAUUAUGUAUGCCAUUGUAAUAACUAUGACGAAAAUUUCUGUUGUGCUCUUUUACCUACGUAUUUUUUACGAGCCAAGUUUUAGAAAAGCCUGCUUGGCAAUCUUCACUAUCACUGUCCUUUUUGGAAUUUGGCAUAUUCUUCAGAUUCUUUUGGUGUCGUGGCCCGUCAGUUAUAAUUGGACAUUCUGGGACGGAAGACACACCGGAAGGGCAUACCUCUCCUUAGUUGAACCCCAUGAGCUGACUGUGACCAAGCGCGGACAUGUCAAAAUCUUCUCUUUCGUCAACGGGGGAAUCAACAUCGCGCUGGAUUUGUCUCUCUGCGUGCUUCCCGUUACUCAAUUUCCUCUCAUAAACGACUGGAAACAGAACUAA